AUGGGGCUGAUGUCCGGCAAGUGCUCUAGCACUGCGCGUCUGGACGGGAAGACGGCGGUGGUGACUGGCUGCAACACCGGCAUCGGCCUGUGCACCGUCGAGGACUUCGUCCGGCGAGGUGAGAGGAAGGCGGAGCGCGCGGCCGAGUGCGUGCGCGUGCGCACGGUGGGCGCGGACGGCGCAGGCGCAGUGCGGGUGGUGCAGCUCGACCUCUCGUCCCUGGCGUCGGUGCGCGCGUGCGCCAAGCUGCUGCUCGACUCCGAGCCUCGCAUUCACCUGCUCAUCAACAACGCAGCUGGCGAUAUUGAUUUUGAAAACCUGAACUGGGAAAAAGGUUACAAUCCUACUCUGGCAUAUGGACGCAGUAAAUUAGCAAACGUAUUAUUUGCCAAAGAGUUGGGAAAGCGUUUGGAAGGAUCUGGUGUUACUUCGUACAGUUUGCAUCCUGGAGUGGUAAACACUGAAUUGAGUCGUCAUUUUGACACUGCCUAUUUCAAAGGUGGUCAAUGGAUAUUUGACAACAUUGGGAAACUUUUUCUUAAAACCCCAGAGCAAGGUGCUCAAACAACUAUCUACUGUGCAGUAUCCGAAGAAGCAGAAAAGGAAACUGGUUUAUAUUAUAGCGACUGCCGGGUUGUACAACCCAGACCACAAGCAUGUGAUAUGCAAGUUUCUGAACGUCUUUGGAAUGAAAGCGCGAGACUGGUAGGUCUUGGAGACUGGGAUCCCUUCACUGCCAAGGAGACUCCUGAUCAUCUUUUCAGUUCCUGCAGCAAAGUGUCCUCGUAAUUUUUCUCCAGGCAUGGCGAUUCAAUUUCGGACGAAAUAAUUACUAUUCAAAAUAUUUGAUUGACCUCCUGGAUUUGUAUAUAUUGAAGGUUGUUGUAUCCAGUAUAGCAAUCUAUCUGUGAUAUGAAUGUUUUAAAAAGUAGGUGCAUCCAAUUUUGGUAAUACUUGAAGAAUAUCGUUUGUGAUCAGUGAUGUGUUAUUACUUAUCUCGUUAAGUUGAUGUUGAUAAAACUUUUUAGUUAAGUUUAAUUGUAGCUAGUAUGUCAUUUCUAUUAGAAAAGUUAAUUUUAUUGUUAUUUUAAUACUACACUUCUUCAGUAUACAUAAAUAGUUUCAUCUGCAUUCCUUCAAGGUACUGGAUUUCUCUUUAAAAUAUUGAAUCUCAAACACACUGUAUUUGAAUGAAAUGGAAUCCAUUUAUUCAUAAAAAUCUGGCUUUUAAAUAAAUAAAUUUUUAUUUAUAGUUUUUCAACAAUAAACUAUAAUUGUA